AUGAAUCUGCCAAACGAAAUGAACAGUCGCAAACGUACUUAUAAAGUAUCUAAUUUUAAAGACUGCUGCGGAGAAUACUACAAAAAGUAUGAACAUGACGAAAUACCCGUUCGGGAUCAUAGCAUCAUCGAUCCCUCAACUGGCGAUAACGAACGAUCUGUGUCAAUGACCAAUUCGCACCUGGAUCAACUUGAGUCGAAAGUGUUAAAGAAUGUGUCCCAAGAACUUCAGACUGAUGGUAGCUCUUACAGCAUCGACUCAAACAUUAAAUUUUUCAAAACAACAGUUCAGCAGAUCUUCGAAACGUUUUACAGCACCAUGCAAGACUUCGAGGUUUACAAGGAAAGGUUCAAUGCUAUUCUCGAAAAAAGCAAAACUGAUUCCAUCAAUGAAAUGGAAGAUUUUAUCAAAGAAAUGAUUCAGCAUGUCAUAUCCUCGGAAUCUGUUUCGAAUGAAAGUCACAAGACUGCCACAACUGCUGAUGUCAAAGAUCAGGAAACUUAUGCUAUUGAAACUGGCUCGUCUAAGAGCUACGAAAUAUUGCAGAAUAUGCAUUCUGUUGUCGAGGCUUAUAAGAACGAUAACUAUCUCACAGAUUCUACUAACGAAGAAAACAAUUCGAAGACCAAGCGCAACGUGAAAACUGGGGAAGUUUUCAACAUAUAUCUUCUGAGUAACACUCCUUGCGUCGAGAUCAAAAUGACAGAGCGAAAUAUGCUCUCAGAGAUAAAUAUCAAAGAUCCAAUUCAUAAUGCCGACAUGAAAGUCGCUUCGGCGGAUAAUUUGAAGAAAGUAGAGGCGAAAAUGAAGGAAUUGGAAGGGCAUGAACAACCGAAACAAGAGAGUCAUUCGCAGGACAGAGAAAUACCUAUUAGGGUCUCGUCUGCUAAAAAGAAUAUACAUUUGGACGAAGAUUUCAUUUGUGAACACGAAAGAAAUGAGAACAAAUCCUUCAUUUCGAAAAUUUGCAGCUUCAUUUGUAAGAAAUUUCGAAAAGCUUGA